AUGCCGUCGGAUUACCGAUCGACCAUCCUCUACGAUAUACUCACUGACAUAGAUGCGGCUCACACACUUUCCCUCUUGCUCGGUGCGGAGUUCACUACAAGUUGCCCUGGCAUGGUUACGUUAGUACAGAUGGCCCCGCCGUCAGACUACGAAGACUUUUGGCUGGCAUUUGGUAUGCGACACGGGUUUGGAACAAGGCUGGCGUUGAAUAUCGGAUCGCCUGAAGACUACAUUAGUAUCAAGGCAUGUCUUGACGAUGGACGCAAAUUACACCAUUCUACUGGAGUGUUGAACACCGACUUGGCAUGUGAAGAGAUUGGCAUGAGCCAGCCUCCUACGAGUGAGGCCUUCGCAGCUAUCGAGAGGAGAGUGCGAGAUUGGAAAGCAUACUCUAUGGCGAAGCAUAAUAGGGUGUCAGGAAACCACAUCCGGUCACCAUCUUCGAGGGCCUCUGUGAGGAAAUUACGAAGGAACAAGGGAAACUAUCGGGAUCAUCUUGUACAGCUCGUAAGGGGAGGCAUUCUGAACAUCUUAUGUCUCAUCCCCCAGAGAGUGACCAUCAUGCCACCAUCAGAAGGUACCGCUCUGACAGCGACCUCGUACAGAGACCUUAUGGUUGGGGAUUGCAUCCUAGUCGGAAAGAUCUUCAAAGUAUUUCGACCUACAUUAGUCGCGAGCGCAGAUGCCCGACUAAUCUGGACCCUCUCCUCAUUACGGGGGCCUUCAUACCAGUACGGCUUGGAGCGGUCGAACGAAGGGAUCAUGAUACAACAACAACUCUCAUCGAGCAUAUUGCUGCGUGCCUUGCAGAGGGUCCAUUGA